UAGACGUUUCUUAUAAAUGGAAUCACGUACAGUGCGGUCUCUUGUGUCUGAGGCUUGCCGCUCUCAGCGUGGUGGCUUUGAGGUUCACCCCGGCUCCAGUGUCUGGUUCAUUCCUUGUCAUCGCCAAAUAGAACGCCAUUGUGCGGAUGUGCCCGUCUGUCUAUCGGUUCACAGGUGGACGGACGGCCCGCGAUGUUUCCACUCUUUGUAGGAACUUUCAGGAGCAAGCUUUUGUGCACAGGGGGCUCCAUUUCUCCUAAGUAGAUAUCUGCAGUGGGACUGUGGGGCCUUAGGGUAACGUUUUAAGAAACUGCUAAAUUGCUUUCCAAAGUGGCUGCACCAGCAAUAGAGGAGAGCCCUGGUUUCCUCCCCUGGGCUGCUCAGUGCUUGGAACUGUCUGACUUUUGGAUGAUAGUCACCCUGAUGGGUGUGAAAUGGCAUCACAUUGUGCUCCCUCAGUCUUUAAGUGAAUGAAUACAUUAUCUCUGAAGCCAGAGAGAACUUGACUUUGAACCUUGGUGGUCGUACUUAAUGAGGUUUAUGCCCUGGAGCAAGUCACUUCCCCGUGGAGAGGCUGAAGGAUUUCACACAGUGAGAUAAAGCAGUGAUCCCCUAAGGAACAGAGGGCCUGCUAUGGAUCUCGUGCCCACCAGGAUGAAGCCGGUAGCAGCCUGGCCACCUCUGUCACUUCGACCAUCGUCUUCAUCAUCAUCAUCAUCACCCUCCAGAGACAAGCCUGCAUCAUGACAGGGACUGUGGCAGGGACAGUUCCAGGCUCCAUUGGAGGCACCUGGCCUGUGUCCAUGUUUUAAUCUGUGACACUGUUUCUAUAACCAUCCCUGUUUUAUAGAUGAGAAAGGGGACCCAGAAGGGGGACCCUUGCCCCAAAUCACAAAGUUGGCGAGUCACAGAGCCAGUUCCAGAGCCCAGCCCUCCAUCACCGCAUCACACUUCCUGCCCUUACAAGGCAAACUGGAGAAGUGCCAUUCCUAGAGAAAACAGACCAAAUUCAAGUGGAAAAGAGGAGCGAGGACCACGGCGUCAUCGGAGCAUGGGCCUGGACGGGACAUCCCGGCUGAGGCUGCUCAGGAGGAGGCCCGUGGUGGAGUUUGCUCUUCUUCUUUGCAUAGGGACACGGCCCUGGGAACAGAGCUCAAGGCAUCUUUUGUGCUUCUGUUCCACAGUGAGUGACGUCACGGGCACUGCUAGGUCUUUAGCAUUUCUGCCAGAUACAGAGCUCAGAGCACUGGUUCUGGAGAGGAGAGCAAGGUGACGUGCAGCAGAGGGCUUGCAUCUUCAAAGAAGCAGCUGUGACCAUGGAGACCAGCCCAGACAGGUUCUUCUUCCCGGGAAACCACUGGCUGUACUUCUCUGUGUACCUCUUCUCCUUCCUCGUGGGGCUCCCACUCAACCUGAUGGCCCUGGUGAUCUUCGUGGGCAAGCUGCGGCGCCGCCCGGUGGCGGUGGACAUUCUCCUGCUCAACAUGACCCUCUCGGACCUGCUCCUGCUGAUCUUCCUGCCAUUCCGCAUGGUGGAGGCGGCCAGUGGCAUGCGCUGGCCGCUGCCCUUCAUCCUCUGCCCCCUGUCCGGGUUCCUCUUCUUCACCAGCAUCUAUCUCACGUCCCUCUUCCUGGCAGCCGUGAGCACUGAGCGCUUCCUGAGCGUGGCCUACCCGAUGUGGUACAAGACGCGGCCCAGGCUGGGCCAGGCUGCCCUGGUCAGUGGCAUCUGCUGGCUCCUGGCGGCUUCUCACUGCAGCGUGGUCUACGUCGCUGAAUUCUCUGGGGACCAAUCCCACAGCCAGGGAUCCAACGGGACCUGCUACCUGGAAUUCCGGGAGGACCAGCUGGCCUUUUUGCUGCCUGUCCGGCUGGAGAUGGCCGUGAUCCUUUUUGGGGUGCCCCUGCUCAUCAGCGGUUUCUGCUACAGUCGCCUCGUGUGGAUCCUCAGCAGGGGGACCAGCCGGCGCAGGCGCAGGAGGGUGGUGGGGCUCGUGGUGGCCACUCUCCUCAACUUCCUCGUGUGCUUCGGGCCCUACAACAUGUCCCACGUGGUGGGCUACAUCGAGGGUCAGAGCCCCACCUGGAGGAGUUACGUGCUGCUCCUCAGCACCCUGAAUUCCUGCGUGGACCCCCUUGUCUACUAUUUCUCAUCAUCCAGGUUCCAAGCCGAUUUCCAGGAGCUGCUGGGGAGGCUGAUGGGGGGCUGCAGCCCUUGGAGGCUGGAGGUUAGCGUGGAGCUGAAGGUCAAGGGUGGAGGAGAGGGGCAGGUGCAGGACUGUCCGACCUAGAGAGCAGGGACAGACUUCAGAAGGCUAGGGAGCAGGUAGCCCCAAGGUCUGGGCUAAGCGUGUGGUCCUCUGGGGCAGGGAGGUGUAGCAGACCCAUGUCCCCGGGGCAGGACCAUGCCAUGCCGUGACAGGUCGACUGGAUGUGGCUCAGGGGCAGAGCAGAUACCCUGCCCCCUUAGGGAUGUGCUCACAGAAGCCAGCUCUUGAUUUUUGCCUCUUCCGGUUCUCCCAUCUGCUCUGGAUCUGACUCUGGGAAGUUGUCAGGAUCGGAGACUUCUCUGGAAGAAAAUGACCUCCCCCAGUGUCCCCCCUCCCUCCUCCCGGGCCCUGACAGCAACAGGCCAAUUCCUGUGUCUUUCUGAGGGAAAAGGAGGAAAGAGCAGUGCCCAGGGUCAGAGGGAGCGGCCAGGCGACAGGAGAGGGGAGAGGGAGGAGUUCACUCUUCAGGUUGGGAGGGGAGCAGACAGGGCCCCAGGGCUGGGGAGCAACCUGCCCCCCAGGGUGGGCUGUACCGGAAAGUUCCCAGUGCUCAAAGAAUUCAGAUCUUCAGGGACGGUUUGUGAACCUUGACAGAGAAAAGUCACCCAAAUAAAUUUGGUAGCGAGCAAAAGAGAA